AUGGCAUUGGGGCAACAACCUAUUCAAGUGAACUCAGUUCAACAACCAUCAUGCGGUGCAAACCCAGACACUGACAUUCCUAGGUGUGGAAAUUACUUGAAGGGGAUUGUGGCGAGCAAUAGGAGGUUGACAAAGUAUGAAACUAUGGAACUUAUUGAAGAGUGCAACUCCACAAUACAGAACAAGCUGCCCAUUAAAUUAGAAGAUCUGAAAAGUUUCACAGUUAGGAUCAAUAUAGGGAAGAGAAUUCAUGAUAGAGGGAUGAGCGGUCUUGGAACUAGUAUAAAAUUGAUGCAAACUUCUCUGUCAAAAAAGGUGGGGUUGGGUAGUCCUAAACCUACUACCAUAAUUUUGCAGUUGGCGGAUAGGGCGGUAGCUAGGUCUGAGGGUGUUGUAGAAGAUGUACUGGUACAAGUGGGAUCAUUGAUUUUCCCAGUAGAUUUUGUAGUGUUGAAUUUUGAGCCUGAUCCUGAGGUCCCCUUCAUCUUAAGGAACCUUUCUUCGAAACUGGAGGGGCAAUGA